CCAACUUGACCGCUACAUUCUUUUUACCCUCAGCGUCCUGUAUCAUUCAAUUUCGUAGCAGUACACUCUUUGAAAAGAGAAAACACUCAUUCACCUUUUAAAAUGCCUCCCCGUCCAUCUGAGAUAGCUGCUCAGAAGCGGAAUGCUAAAAAGAAAGAGAAAGUAGCAGCGAGACAAGUGUCUUCCGGCGCUGAGGUCGUAACCCCAGACAUAGCUGAUGACAUCGCAGAUAGCAAGCUGCAAUGGUCUUCAAAGAAAAAAGCACUGGAGCGCAAAGUCUGGAAUGAUACAACCAGCAAUAAUCGCAAGCGUGCACCAACGGUGACUGAGCUUCUGUCUGCGCCUGCAACAAAGUCAGUAAGGAAGACACUGAAAGCAGUCAAAAAGACACAGAAAGCAGUUGAAGGUGGUGGUCGUGAGAGAAGCAGUGUAGCUUCCACUCUCACAAGUCACAAUGGUGUGUCAGUUGACACCGACGACUCUGCGAGUGAAUAUGGUAUCAGCGACUCUGAAUCCAAUAAGUCAGAUGUCAAUGUGGAAGUUGAAGACGACAGUGAUAUCUCAGACUUACUGUCUAAAACCCCGGAGAAUCUUCAUGAGAUUCCGCGUUUUGUUCCACCCCGCCUUGCUUCACGUUACAGUGAUAGUUCAGCCGCUGCAUCAACGUGGGAUGAUGAUGAUCCGGCGGGCCAACUCGUCACGGUCACAGCUGACUCAGUCAAGGUCAAAUGUGAGCCUGACGAGAAGAAGAAAAGGAGCAAGCUCGAAGGACGACAACAGAUUGAGAGACCACAGUUUGCACAGCCGUCACAUGACUUAGAUGAUUCCAUCGCUGUCACAACCCCUGGACCGGAACCACGUGACACAUCCAACACUUAUGCGCCUUUCAAAUGGCCUGAGUUCACUAAUCUAGUUUACGAAGCAGACGGCCCCAUCAACCUCAAGGCUCAGAACACACGCAUACAGAUGCCUGAGGGACGGCUUAGUGCUUUCCACACUGGUAUCAAAAAGCUCGCUCAUCAAAUCGUUGUGUCUCGAUUCGCACUUCGGAGAGGUUGUUCCAAUGAGGUCGAAGAGCUCCUGAAAAGUCACAAGUAUAUUUUUCCGACUAACCAAAAUGGUAAAGUCCUUGGUGAUCAACCUUUCUGCGACGAGGCCAUGAUCGAUACGCUACAUCAGUCAUUGUUCGACAGCAAGAACUCGAUUGGAGUUCAAUCACAUGAAGAUUUUGUGUCGGUCUUAGAUGGCAAUGAUGAGCCGGAGCUCCCCAUAGCUAUGGUUGCCUUGAUUGCAACUGUUAUCUAUGCCAUACUGAUGGACUGGAGGAGCGGCAAUCCACCGUCGAGCUCUCAAGUCAAAUCAUUCAAUGCUACUGUCUACAUUAGUGUUUACAAAGCCCAUGAAGCAACCCUCACUCGGAUCUUUGAAGGCGGUAAAAAGAAGUAUCAUGCGCUGAUGGCACGGCUUUACAAGGCUGUCUGUGUGUCGGACAAUGUGUUGCUGCCAUCUGGUGCGCUGAGCAACUUCGACUACCUCGAUCUCAGUGCAAUGUCCGAGGAUUGA